GGACCAUGAUUUCUCCAAACGGGAUGAUAGAAAAAUCGUUGAACUGCUAUAAACAAUGUACUAGGAGCCGUAGGCCUGUCUGAAAUUCAAAUGCCAAGCCCCAAUCCGCCUCGCAACAUUGACAAAAAUCAGUCACACCGAAGUUGUCCCUUCCGAUAGAAUUACCAUUCGGCAGUUCGGAUCAGGAAAUGUCUUCAUUCGCCGAAACCACCCAUGUACGCCCAUAGAUAGAGUGGAAGGGAAAACACCGUUCAAUGCCAGGAUUUGAAACUAGUAACUGAUUCGGCGAAACGGUUCAAGAGUUGAGGUAAAGCUAGUAACUGAUUCGGCGAAACGGUUCAAGAGUUGAGGUAAAGCUUGAUGUCUGAAGUGAGACAAAAAUAUAUUCUGCCCAGCUGUAAAACCUAGGUCAACUUUCGUAAUCAAAAGGAAAGAACAGGACUUAGUUUCUUUUGCACACACUGUAUUUGCAAUAUAUUGAUCCAUCUCUGGGCAUUGUGUGCUCGGCAUUGUGUGCUCGGCAUUGUGUGAUGGGCAGCCUGCCAGCUGUGCAACGCGUCCGACUCUCCGAGUCGUUUCUCGGUUUGGUUUCGUAGAAUCGGAUUCCGGAAGUUAGGUCUGAAUUUAGAUGUACUUUAUAUCAUUCAUCGUCGACAGUGAUAAACGUCCUGGGCUUUGUAGUCUGUUUCUGUUGAUCACGAAGACCAUACAUAAAACUGAACGCCUAGUGUUUUUCGGCAGAAUGAUGGCAAGUCUUGAGAUACCUUACCAGCUCAUCGAGAAGGAGGAGGAGUUGGAUGAUGUUAUCGCAGCCAUCAAGAAAGAGUCCCUGAUAUCAAUGGACUGCGAGGGGGUCAAGCUGUCCCGCAACGGAUCCUUGACAGUCCUCUCUAUUGGCACCCCCUCCAAGACAUACCUGUUUGAUGUCAUGAAGAUCGGUGAAGCUGUCUUCGGCAAAGAUCUAAAGGAGAUUCUAGUGAGUACCAGCAUCGUCAAGCUCGUGUUUGACUGCAGACGUGACGCCGAUGCCCUUUGGCAUCUGUUCAAGGUCAAGCUAGCUAACGUCAUGGACAUACAGCUGAUGCAAAUUCUGUACGAACGAACACACCCAGAUGAAAAGUCGACCUCCCAAAAGGAUAUGGAGGCACACCACAGGGCUUACAAAGACAAGUCGCCCAUGAAACGAGCUCUUUUCGAUUGGCCGAGGAUCCGCAGCCUGGUAAAUUGCAUCGAGUGGUAUUUGAAAGAUUCGUCGCUCCUGGCUGUCAAGAAAAAGGUCAGUCUGACAACCACAGGAACGGACCAAGAAAUGUGGGGCAAGCGGCCUUUGACCGAGGACAUGCAGCGGUACGCUUCGCUCGAUGUCCAGUGUCUCUUCGUCCUGUAUGAGAAGCUCAAGGCCGGACUGACGUCGACGGAGGUGGCUACUGCGCGCAAGGGAUCGGAAAGGUAUCUGGUCAUCUUCAGAGACCAAGAGGAAAACGUGACGAACCCAUACGAAAACUAUUCGCUGCUCCCGAUGUACAUAUUGACGGAUCCGCCCACGUCUUCCUCGCAGAGGCAGUGCCCGAUCUGCAAGCGACAUCAUCUCCCCUUCGUCGAGUUCCAGCAGGGGAUGUGUAGGCUCUGUCAGAUCAAGAAAUAUGCCCAUGAUGACUUCGUGAGGCGUAAGGGGGAGCCAACGGUGAGGAAGUAUCAAAGAAGCAGGUACACGCCUUACUGAUGCAACACUCGUGGACCUUUCUUAUCUCAAUUCAGUAGAUCCAGAAUUAUAAUACUGUUCAGAGUGGACACGCAGCUUCUUUGACUUCAGGGGACCUCAGUAGUUCAAGACCCACUGUGCUGUUCAGAGUGGACACGCAGCUUCUUUGACUUCAGGGGACCUCAGUAGUUCAAGACCCACUGUGCUGUUCAGAGUGGACACGUAGCUUCUUUGACUUCAGGGGACCUCAGUAGUUCAAGACCCACUGUGCUGUUCAGAGUGGACACGUAGCUUCUUUGACUUCAGGGGACCUCAGUAGUUCAAGACCCACUGUGCUGUUCAGAGUGGACACGUAGCUUCUUUGACUUCAGGGGACCUCAGUAGUUCAAGACCCACUGUGCUGUUCAGAGUGGACAUAGGUUCUUUGACUUCUGUGGACAUCGGUAGAUCUAGAAUUAUAAUACUGUUCAGAGUGGCUGGAUUAUAGUUUAUUUGACUUCUGGGGACCCAAAUAGACCCAGAAUUAUUGCGAGUGGACAUGGCAAAGGACCAUUUCCUGGGCCACGAUAAUCUUUUGGAUGAUAAUGAUGAUGAUGAUUGCUUCUACGACUACUGUAGGCUUUAGUUAUGUUGGCUCGAUCCAGGAACACCUGCAGAUCCAACCCCCCCGCAUAACUGUUAGAACCCGAGGGCAGAGUGAGAGUUGCACGUGACAUUACGUCCUGUCUAAACCGCGCAUGUGUGGAGGAGUUGCACACGAAUGCAGUCGAGCACAGAUUAAUCACGAGAAUCGGGAUUUGAUGACAGCAUGCCAUUGUUAUUAUGAUUUAAGUUCACUCAAGAACAUCGCCACGGCCCGAACUAUGCACGUAAUAUAAUAAAUACAUUACGAAACCUUGGAUCAAUAAACCAACAUAGAUCUAUCAGCCGUUGUUGUAACAUGUGUUCCCAAUCGCUUAUCGAUUAUUUUGAUUAAAAAACAUGAAUUUGGUGUUAAUCGGUGCGUUUUGUCGACAUGUCACGUGGUUGUCAUAAUGUGUCGUCACAUGGUUCUUCUCGGGUCCCUCGAGUCCAACCCUCAGUCCAUGGAGAGUGCCAAGCCCGCGUCGCUGGGACAAAUAAAUA